AUGUACAGCACCCUCCCUUUCGCCAAGUGUCGGAUUACGCCUACCGGACUGCAGUCCGUGAAGGAUGGUCUUGACCAUGAUGGCCUCGGUCAAAGCUAUCCGACUCGUCUUCACUCCGCUGCUCUCGCAUUUUUGGUCUCUGGUGUACGAAAGGAUGGGCAACACGGCCUGCCCAGGGAUGCGUUUCAUCCUGACUGUAAGGCUGCCAAGACGCCAGGCAGCCACGGAAAUUACAACAUGAGGUGCGAGCUACUCGGCGUCGCGUUUGAUUCAAUCACGGCGUACGACCGCCUUAGUGGCGGCGCUACCAUUGUCGUGUCCAUUCCUGGGAGCAUGAGGCCCGGCUCUGAUCUCCAGCUCGAGAACAUCCAGACGGAUGUCUAUUUUCCGCCUGGAAUCUUCGACGAGCUGCCGGAGCUUCAGCCCAUCCUCUCACAGCUCGUCCAGCUUACCGUCGAGCUCAUUGGCAUGCCGGUCUGUCGGCGCUGGCGGCGUGCCGCAGAGCUUGCCGGUUGGGACCUAUCCUUCAGCGACGAGAGCCUGAGGCCGAACCAUGACGGUCCAUUUCCCAUCUUCCCCGUCAUCACCAACAGCUCUCAUUACAGGAUUUGGGGUCGGUGUACGGGGGAGCUGGAAGGGCUCCUUACCGCCACAGGGUAUACAGGCAGUCUUGUUGGAGUCAGCGUUGCCCCGCACUGCGACACAUCUUCCCCUCACGCUGGUGCGCCUGAGCCCUUUAACAACGCAACCUCCUCCGAUGCUGCGUGUCUGGCUGCGGAUGAGGUAGGCCACCUGCGUAUCGAGAAUGCGCAGCUACGCAAACUCGUACAUCAGCUGAAAGGUGAGAUCGCUGCGCUGCGUGGUCCUCCGAACGAGACCAUCGACACCGUUCGCUUGCUGUUCGGCCCCGACGCGGACGCACCACCUUCCCGGUCCAUACCUUCUCCUGUCACGUCAGUCGCAACGUCCCCAACUUCGUCUCGUGGGACUGUCUUGAAGUCCCCGCCUUCGUCUCGUGGAUCUUUUAUCCCCGCCAUCUCUCUCACGAGACCCCCGUCCUCGUCCGGCGGAGACGCUCCACCGCCCAGCAUCAUCCUACCGCAGCUCGCAGACUGCUCUCCGCUGAGGGCCAAGCCUGCGGCUCCGGCGGCGCAACCUAUGGCCCGUUCGCAGCUGGCAACUGCCAGCGGCCGUGUCGUUGCGGUGCGUGCGUCAGCAUCCAGCGACGGCAACAAGGCGCCGAAGAAGGACACUCCGUCCAGAACCGCCGAGGUGAAGGCUGUUCAGGGCGGUACGCGCCCCCUACCUGCUGAGCCGUUGCCCCCGAGGGCAUUGUCAAUUAAGCCACAGCUCGGGAGCUCUUUUGGCUCGCCUAUCGCCAAACCUAGGGUGACACGUUCCAUACGUUCGCUGCCUUCCGGUUCGCCCGUGUCAAUCUCUGACUCGGAGUCCUCUGUGGGAUCUUCCUCGCGUCCGCUUUCUCCGAUGUCCCCGUUCGUGUCCUCGUCGCCGCAGGCAGAGUCUAUCCCCGCGACGAUGAUCAUCGGUUUUGGCUACCGCUCGGCCCGCUACCUCGCCAACAUCGGCCUCCCGAAGUAUUCCAACCAUGUACUGGAUGAUGUGGCUUUGACGUUUGCGGCAGUGCUGUGGCCAGAGGAACUUCGCCGUCGUCUCAGCAUCAGCGAGGAGCAGGCCUCAGGGCUGGCGGAAGCGAUGGUGGCAGACACGCACGAUCAGACCACACCUGAUUGGGCUGGGAUGGCACUGCUACCGAGCUCGCCGUCGGAUCCCGCUACCAACCUAGUAAAGGCCCCUCAAUUGUGCCGUUCAAGCUAUGCUAUGCACAAAAAUGGUUCUAGCCGUACGGUCACUGUUGCACCAGCGGCGGAUACGCCUAGUCAUCAAAGCCGUCCGCCUCAAGUUCCCACCUCACAGAAAGAAGCGUUACAGGCGCAGCGUGCUGCAAAGCAGCAGAAGAUCCACACGGAACUCGAAGCGUGGUACCAGCAGACUGCGGCGUUGGCGGCCAAAUUAGGAGAAGAGUUCGACCAGUCGCAGUCCCACUUCCUGACCAUGAUGUUCCAGUUCGGGACGAAGGAGGCCGAUAAACGCAAGCCAAAUCUGUACAACGCCUGGCUCCACUGGCGCGCAAACCAGGUGAACGAAGACCUCCCAAGAGGCGAGCGGAAGAAGCUUCGAGAGAUUCAACUCGAGUACGGCGAUGAGUAUUACGACCUUACAGACACACAGAAGGAGGAGAUUAUGGCCGACCUCACCAAGGAGCGGGAUUCGACCUCGGAGGGAGCGUUUCGCUUGACGUCCAGGGGGCGACUGAAGAUACUGUAUUCAACGCUCAAGAAGAUCGAGAAGAUGUACGAGUUCCUCAAGAUCAUGUGCGGCAUCGACGUGAUGUCGCUCAUCGUUCGGAACGACGCCUCAUUUCAUUUCAGCCCUAUCUGGUUCUUUACUGAUAAGAGCAUCCCCGGUUACCUCGUCAACAAUAUACGCAAGGGUUGGGACUCGGACAGGAUUGCUGCAAUGGUCGAAGCCUUUGUGCUGGCGAAGUGCGACAUUCGGAGCAUGGCAAACACGUCGAAGCUCAAGGCGAAGCAAUUGAAAGCUCAAAUCCAAGACAAGAUAACUGAGCUUCUCGUCGCCAUUACGAAGAACCCGAACGUGCAUAUGCAUUACAAGACCUUUGAACGCGACAUCGUCAUCCGAUAUGGAAUCGACAUCAAAGGCUGGACCUACCCAACGUUCAACAGCCCCUCGAAGCUGAGCACAAGCCUCCCUCCCCUCCAGACCCUCUUCGACGCACUGGAAUCUGGUGCCUGCCGCUUUGUCGUUCUCUCCACGGAAGACCAUGCGAAGCGCAAGGCCGAUUAUGCGAGGAAGGUUGCUUCCGGGGAGAUUGCGCCGCGCAAGACUCGCAGCGAUGCGGGUCGCAAACGCAGAAAGCAGGCCAAGAGGUCUGCUCCUGGAGGACGCGCUGGUGGCAGGGAUGGCGGUAGCAGCAGCAGCAGCAGCGAUUCGAGUGAUGAGGAGCGGGAGACUGACGGCCCUGUACGCAAGCGACGCCGUACUGCGACCUCUGGUGCUCGCAAGGCGGCCCCCAAGAGCCGUCCGAUUGUUGACGAGUCCGACUAG